AUGACCAACCCUCGACACGACCUGAAAGUCUUUCAUCAUGCGCUGAAAGAGAAGGCGCUGUGCGCGUCUGGCGCUGUACUCGUCACCAAGAACAGUAUGCGAAUUCUAUACAACUCGUCUGAGACUGCUGGAUGGAGCUGUAUCGAGAUGGGCAAUCCCUCGAGCAACGAGCUCCGGGCUCUCUGUAACGCGUGCAACGGCGCUGGGUGGCUAGACUCCCAGCGGCUGAUGCCGACACUAGAUGUCGGCGUUGUGCAGGGAAUUGUGGCACAGAUUGCGCCGGAUAUUGUGAAGGACUACUGUGAGGAUGGAACUCAGCUGCUGCGGGCCGAGUUGGACGGACUGAGCGUCUACGGCCCGGGAACAAAGACGAAGAAGACCAAGGUCAAACCCGUGUCAGCCUCGCACGUCGGAACGCUGCUCGUGUUUCUCCCCACCCAACAUACCGGCGGUGAAAUCAAGCUGACGGAGGGGAACCGGAGCCGGACGACAAGAUUCUCCCCCACAAACGAGGAGCCGACGAAGGCAGCUUACCUUGCCUUCCGCCACGAAGUCACCGCGCUGCAGGCUGGCAUAGACGACGGCUACCGUGUUGCGCUGCGGUACAAGCUUUUCCUUGACGUGGUGGACCGGCCCGAGGAGGCACUGACGGCCGCUCUGCGCACGCUCGCGGCGGAGCCCGAUGCGUUGUUUCCGGUUGGUGAAGGGGGAUGGCUGGCCUUUGGGCUGCAGCAUGUCUACAGCGGCAUCCCCCGGACUCCGCGGGACAAGGACCAUUCUCUCGCCAGCGCGUUGGCCGAACUGCGCGGCCCUGAUGCGCGGGUCAGAAUCGCGGCUGAGCACGCUGGCCUGCCGGUUGCGAUUCGCUUGGUUUACCCGAUUCAGGACCGCGAUAACGAGAUGCGGCAGCAGUAUUCUGUCGUUGCGGACAAGGCGGUUUACAUGCCAGACGCGACGGAUGACGGAUAUGAGUAUGCGACGGACGAUCAGGAGCUGUUGAAUGCCGGCCAGGUGCUGUGCCCCGUCAAAGUUCCGCCGCUGAAGCGGAAGCGCGGGUAUGAGGAGGCGGACACGGAGGUGCGUGACUCGCGGGACUGCGCAUGGGAGGACCUGGGGCAGAUUAUCGACCCCGAGAAGCUGGAGUUUGCGGACGUCUUCUGGGUCACCAGGCUCACCAAGAUUAAUGCGGUCGAGUCCGAUUUCGUGGAGGGAGAUGCAAAGCGUCCGGAUAUCGGCUAUAGACAUGGUUAUGCAGCACUAUUUGUGCAUCUCCCACUGGCAGCCGCAGCUCAGGAGGAAUGA